AUGGAUUUGACUCAAGGAAGCCAAUUGGUGAUGAUAUGUGAGAGGAAGUUUGAGGAACUAUCUAGGUACGCACCACACAUGGUAGGUACUAAGGAGAUGAAGGCUCGACAGUUCAAGCAAGGUACUAAGAGUAUCUCUCCCAUGCAACUGAAGACAUAUGCUAAAGUGGUCCACAAAUCUCAGAUUUAUGAGGCCAUGGAGAAGAAUGCAACAAAAGAUGAAGAAGUUGAACCAAAGAAAAAGUUCAAGAAGAGUUUUGCUGCCCCUACAACAAACAAAGGCAAUUGGAAGAAAGUCCACAAGAAGAAGCCCCAAUUGACUGCAAGAAGUAUGGAUCAGCUAGAGCGGAACCCACAAGGAGGUCAAGCCAAUCAAAAUGCCCAAAAUAGGAGAGACACUCAAGGCAACCAGAAGCCAAGAGCCUCUAGAAGGGUUUUCGCAAUGACUCAGAAGGAUGCAAAGGCAUCUCCCUCUGUUGUGGCAGGUAUGCUGAAAUUUUUUGGAAUACCUGCUUAUUUGUGUGUGUCUACACCAUUUGGAGGAAUGAUAGAGACAGAAUUAGUUUGUGAAUCAUGUGAUGUAGAGAUUAUGGAUAGAAAAUUGACUACAUAUUUAAUUCUGUUAGAAAUGAAAGAUUUCGAUGUCAUACUUGGGAUGGAUUGGCUAGCAGCAUGUCAUGCUAGUGUUCUCUGUUUUGAGAAGAGGAUGGUUAUGAGACCUGUGAAGGAACCAGAAUUUAAAUUGUUUGAGAUGAUGAUAAUAACUCCACCGUAA